AUGCCGAAACGAAGUGCUGACGAAAAAAUCGAUCUUUAUCUAAAUAAAAUUCAAAGAUUAACAGCUGAAAAAAGUGUUGUACGACGACGAUGGCGAGUGCGUGUUAUUUCGAGUGAUUCUUCCGAAGCAAAUGAAGGUUGUGGCGAAACAACGCAGCGCAUAGCAAUCGCCGAGGUCCACCGACCGCCUUCGGGAAAAAUAGAUCCAUCAUGGAACGAUGCUGCGGGUGCCUCCCCCGAGGCAGAAAUACCACGAGAUAUUGAGGCAGAAACACCACGUGAUAAUGAGGCAGCAUCACCUUGUGAUAAUGCAGAACUCAUGGCAGAAAUUCCUAUUUCUAUGUCAGAGCAUCCACUGCCAAUGCCAGCUGCCGAGCCAAAUGAGGCCGGACAGUCUUUAGAGGCGUUAUAG